UGAUUUACAUUAUUGUGCGUCAAGAUGAAAACCGCCGUGCUUCUUGUUGGUCUUCUGGCCGUUGCCAGCGCCGAAUGGAUCGAUAUCGAUUGGUCCACGGUGCGCCCGAUCGAGGAGUUCGAUCACUACUGGGAACGUCUGCCAGCUGAGAUGCAGAUCUACCGUAAGAUGAUGCCUUCGCAUCGUGUCACCAAUGGCCAGGAAGCUACUCCCGGUCAGUUCCCGUAUCAGAUUGCUCUGUUGAGUGAAUUUGCCACCGGAACCGGUCUGUGCGGAGGAACCGUCUUGACCAACAACUUCAUCCUGACCGCUGCUCACUGCGUCGUGUCCGGUGCUUCAACUCUGGCCAGCGGAGGUACUGCCAUCAUGGGAGCUCACAACCGUAACGUCCAGGAGGCUACUCAACAGCGUAUCCGUUUCUCGAGCGGUGGAAUUAUCCGUCAUCCGCAGUACACCACGACCAACAUCCGUAACGACAUCGCCGUCGUCCGUCUGAACUCUCCGAUCACCUUCAACGCUCGUGUACAACCGGCCCGUCUGCCUGCCCGCUCUGACUCUCGUCAGUUCGGUGGAUUUACCGGAACCGUGUCCGGAUUCGGACGCACUUCAGAUGGUAGCCAAGCUACCUCGGCUGUUGUCCGUUUUGCCAGAAAUCCAGUCAUGAGCAACGCUGAUUGCAUUGCUCGCUGGAACACUGCCCUGAUUCAGCCCCAGAACGUGUGCCUGAGCGGAGAAGGAGGUCGCUCGUCGUGUAACGGAGACUCCGGUGGUCCACUCACCGUCCAGGAUGGUGGAAGCCUCCAGAUCGGUGUUGUGUCGUUCGGAUCUGCUGCCGGUUGCUCCAUCGGUAUGCCGUCAGUGUAUGCUCGUGUUUCGUUCUUCCUCGGCUGGAUUGAGGCCAACUCUGACUUCACUGCGCGCCCUUAAAUUACAAUACAAUAAACUAUAAAAUGUAAUGAA